CUCUCACUGUUUCUUUCACGUGUGGCUGCUUGCACGGCGUGGGCGAUGGAGCCGGGGCCGUAUAUUGGCCCGCGGGCGUCCUGGGACCGUGAGAACACCACCUAUAAUAUUAUUUAGUCUGCCCGUGCCUUUAUCCUAUGCGCUUUCUUGUCUCGCAAUGCAGCAGUGUGGCUCCCUCUCCCUCCUUCAUGUUCAUUGCUAACAGUCCUCUCGCUCUCGUCGCCUCUUCUUCCUCUGCGUGACCAUCUUCUCGUGUACAUCUUCGUUCUCAUACUUCUUCCUCACCUACGGUCUUGACUGCAAUAAGUGCAUCCAGCCAUACGCAUCGUACGCAUUCUGCUCAAACGCAUUAAUUGCCGUCGUAAAUUCUUGUGGGUCCGCAGUUCAUCGUAGUUCGCAGUUAAGCCCAACGACUCUCCUGUCUCCAGGCGUUCCGAGAGGCUCUUGACGCCGAUUUCGGUGACUGAAUCCGUGCGCCGAAGAUCGCGCGCUUUCGCUCCCUCGCACACGGAUUGCGAUCAGGUUCGGAUCUGCCGCCAGGUGGCUCCACUAGCAGCAGCAAGCAACGGGCACUCUAUGCAGUCGUGAAAGCGCCGCGACCGAGUGAGCAUCGCGUUCGUGUUCGGGCCGUUCCGAUGCCGGCACGCACUCCAAGUCGCCUGCAUCGCGCCGGAUAUAGCUGUCGCUCCUUAAUUACAACAACCGAGCAGUGCCAGCUUCCAGUGUUCUCAGCAAGGCGUCAUGCAGCAGCAGCCGCUGCCACACCAAUACCAACAAUCCGAGCCGACAGAUACAACGGAGUUACACGAUGGCGAAGCGUCUGCAACUGUGGCGGAGAUCGAGCCCGCCGCGACUGGACUCUCCAACUUGACCUUGCAAAGUGUUUCACUGAGCCUCCAAGCUGCAUUACUGGCGGCAUUACAGCGCGCAGCUCUUUUGCCCCCAGGACAUGCUGCUGCGGCUGCUCUUAAUCUUCAGGCUCUCGAGACUUAUGUGACGCUUCAUCGACUGCAUGCAAGCGGCGCCGCAGUGGUGGCGGCCUCGACCGCUGGCAUCGAAUCCGACCAGCUGGGAAAUCUGCACUUACAGGAGGAGGAGAGUUCACGACUUGAACUGCUAACUGAGCCAGAGGAGGAUCUAGGGCUGUUGGAGGAUGCUGAAACGACGAGAUUAUUACCUGAAACGGCUACGGGUCAUGAUUUGCUACUGCAACGGAUUGCCGAAGUUGGUUCUGAGCCUGUGUGUGGAUCUGGAUACACGGAUGUUGUAAUUGCAGGAUCCACCUCUCAGAUUGUUCAGCCCACGACAGAAACCUUGCCUUCUAGAUCCUGCCGUACUUCUAGACCUAAAAAACAGUUUAUAUGCAAAUUUUGUAGUCGUCAGUUCACCAAAAGUUAUAACCUUCUUAUUCACGAGAGGACGCAUACGGAUGAACGACCUUACUCAUGCGACAUAUGCGGCAAGGCUUUUCGUAGGCAAGAUCAUCUACGAGACCACAGGUACAUUCAUAGUAAGGAAAAGCCAUUCAAGUGCGGGGAGUGCGGCAAAGGCUUCUGCCAGAGUCGCACCCUUGCUGUCCACAAGAUCCUUCAUAUGGAGGAGUCGCCGCACAAAUGUCCUGUGUGCGCCCGCAGCUUUAACCAACGAAGCAAUCUAAAGACUCACCUGCUUACUCACACCGAUAUUAAACCCUAUCAUUGCUCUUCUUGCGGCAAAGUUUUUCGACGAAAUUGUGACCUCAGAAGACACUCGCUCACCCAUAAUCUUGGAGUGAUGGCUAACACGUCACCAUCUACGUCACCAGGUCUACCAUCCGUUGUAGUACCUGUUUCCGGUGGCGUUAUUCUUCAAGAACCGUCUUAAUCUGUUUUUGCUCUCUUCCUCUAUUUUUCAUCCUCUAAUUUUUGGUUAUGCGUGAGCAAUUAAAAUAUGUGUUAAGUAAUUCAUUUUUAAUUUAUAUUUCAACUUCAAAUACAUUGAAUUUGAUGAAGCGAAGUUUGUUGAACGUUUAAUUUAAAUGUUCUUUUAAUAUAAAAAA